AUUUUUUAGAGAGAGGUGAUGAGAAGGUAGAGAGUAGAUAGAAGAUGAGAGUGUGUAGGUUUUUUAUUUAUUUUUAUUGUUUUUUACAUAUAGGGCAAAAGUGUCAAUUCAACUAAAUUUGUGUGCUUUAUGUAGAGAUUCGCGGGCGAUGUUUAACAAUUGAUUAAUUAUUUUCCUAAACAUACAUAUACCCCUAUUAGACGAUCCUAUAAAGUUCCGUCCCAUUUAUUUAUUGAACGGUCUGACCCAUUUGUAACUAGGGCAUUAAUGAGGCUCCAACCCGUUGACUUGCUCUGUGAAUAAGGAAAAAAAACAACGGGCGAACAUAGCCCUGCCUAGUUCCUCCUCCUCUUGUUCCCCUCCCUCUCUCAGUUCUCCAUUGAAGCGCACUCAAUAUCCCACUUCACGUUCUCCAUCGAAUUCUUGUAUCGCCCAUCGAAGCAGCUUCUGAGGAUUUGGGGUGUAACUCUGUACUUAAACUUAUUUGCAGAACCAAUUUUCGAUGGAUGAAAAGAUGUUUUCAGACGCCUUGAAAUUGUUUAACAUCAGCAAAAGUAUUUUGUUGAAUAAUGUGUCGCCUAUUGGAAGCAUAAAGAACCAAUUUUCAUUGGAUGAAAAGAUGUUUUCAAACGCCUUGAAAUUGUUUACUGAUAGCAAACGUAUUUUGUUGAAUAAUGUGUCGCUUAUCGGAAGCACAACGCCAGAGGAAUUAGAGAGAUAUAUGUUUGCCUUUGCUAUCUACAUCAGUAAGAGACUUGGUGAGGGAACUACAAGUGAUAAGAAUGAAGGUGGUAAUCAGAGUGGACUUACUUUGUGUCAGAUACUAAAAGCCGUGAAGUUGAAUCUUGUAGAUUUCUUUAAAGAGCUUCCUCAGUUUAUUGUUAAGGUUGGCCCAAUCUUAAGUAACAUGUAUGGUGAAGAUUGGGAGAAGAGACUUGAGGUGAAAGAGUUGCAGGCCAAUUUUGUGCAUUUGAGCCUUUUAAGCAAGUACUACAAGCGAGCAUACCAAGAAUUUUUCAAGACGAAUGAAGCUGAUAAGGAGGUUGCUGAUGCAAGCACCUCCUCCUCUGAUAGUAUUUCAGACUAUUAUAGGUUCGGAUGGCUGCUGUUUCUGGCCCUUCGUGUCCAUGCAUUCAGCAGGUUUAAGGACCUAGUAACCUGCACUAAUGGAUUAGUCUCUGUAUUGGGUAUCUUGAUCAUUCACAUCCCUGCUCAGUUGAGGAAGUUCAAUGUUCUCGACUCACCAUUAUUUGAAAAAAAAAGUGAUCGAGGUGUGAACCUGAUUGCGUCACUUUGCCAAAAAUAUGACACAUCUGAAGAUGAGGUGAAGCAAAUGAUGGAGAAAGCUAAUGAAUUGAUUUUAGAGAUUAUGAAGAAAAAACCAUGUACAGCAUCAGAAUGCAAGACUGAAAAUCUAGACAACAUUGACCCAGAUAAUUUGACUUACUUUGAAGACCUGUUGGAAGACUCGUCACUUCCAAAUUGUAUUAGCAUGUUAGAGAAGGAUUAUGAUGCGGCAAUUUGGAACAAGGGUGAUAUAGAUGAAAGAGUCUUUGUUAAUGUGGAUGACAGCUUACUUGGAUCAGGGAGUCCUUCUGGAGGUGCCAUUAACAUAAGUGGUACUAAGAGACAAUUAGAUGCAAUGGCCUCUCCAACGAAAACAAUUGGAAGUCCACUUUCACCUUGCCGAUCACCUUCACUGCAUGUAAAUGGGGCUCGUGGUGGUGUCAACAUAAGAAUGAUAUCUACACCAGUGAGCACUGCAAUGACAACUGCUAAGUGGCUUCGUACUUACAUUUCUCCACUUCCAUCCAAGCCGUCUCCUGAGUUGGAGAAGUACCUUAUGUCAUGUGAUAGGAAUAUAAGUAAUGAGGUUGUACGUAGAGCUCAUAUUAUUAUGGAAGCCAUUUUUCCUAAUAGUGCUCUUGGGGAGAGAUGUGUUGCUGGGAGUCUACCAAAUUUUAACUUGACGGACAAUAUAUGGGCACAACAAAGACGGCUGGAAGCUUUAAAACUGUACUACAGGGUUUUGGAGGCAAUGUGCACAGCAGAGGCUCAGUUGUUGCAUGCGAAUAAUUUGACCUCUUUGCUAACCAAUGAAAGAUUUCACAGAUGCAUGCUUGCAUGUUCUGCAGAGCUGGUUUUGGCCACUCAUAAGACAGUGACAAUGUUGUUUCCAGCAGUAUUAGAGAAAACUGGGAUUACAGCUUUUGAUCUUAGUAAGGUGAUUGAAAGUUUUAUCAGACAUGAGGAAACUCUUCCAAGAGAGCUUAGAAGGCAUUUAAAUUCCUUGGAAGAGAGACUCUUGGAGAGCAUGGUUUGGGAAAAAGGUUCCUCAAUGUACAACUCUUUGAUUAUUGCAAGACCAGCUCUGUCUGCUGAAAUAAAUCAUUUCGGAUUGCUGGCUGAGCCAAUGCCCUCCCUAGAUGCAAUUGCUGUACAUAUUAACAUGUCUACUGGAGGCUUACCUCCUCUGCCAUCAUUUAAUAAUGAGAUUGCAGCAGCAACAAAUGUAGAUAUUAGGUCUCCAAAAAGAGCUUGCACAGAGUAUCAUAGCAUGCUUGUAGAACGCAACUCUUUUACAUCACCUGUGAAGGAUCGUUUAAUAAACAACCUCAAGCAGAAGCUAACUCCUCCAGCUUUGCAGUCUGCUUUUGCAAGUCCAACAAGGCUGAGUCCUGGUGGUGGAGGAGAAACUUGUGCAGAGACUGGGAUCAAUAUAUUCUUCAGUAAGAUUGUGAAGUUGGCUGCUGUCAGAAUAAAUGGUAUGAUUGAAAGGCUAGAAAAGCCUGACAAGCAAUCUGAGACUCAGCAAUUGAGGGAGAGUGUAUAUUGUGUGUUCCAGAAAAUACUUAAUCAGCGGACUUCACUUUUUUUCGAUCGCCACAUUGACCAAAUAAUCCUGUGUACUGUCUAUGGAGUUGCAAAGAUUUCUCAAUAUGAGCUUACAUUUAAGGAGAUUAUUUUAAACUACCGCAAGCAACCUCAAUGUAAACCCCAAGUUUUUCGCAGUGUAUUUGUUAACUGGUCUUCUUCACGCAGAAAUAGACAAGGGCAGUAUCACGUUGACAUCAUAACGUUUUACAACGAGGUCUUCAUACCUUCUGUAAAGCCUCUUCUAGUUGAGCUUGGACCUCAUGCUGCAUGUACGAGAACUAAUUUAAUUCCCGAAAGUAAUAGUGACAAAGAUGGUCAGUGCCCUGGGUCACCAAAAUUAUCUACAUUCCCAAGUCUUCCUGACAUGUCUCCGAAGAAAGUUGCAAAGAAUGUCUAUGUCUCCCCAUUGCGCUCAUCCAAGAUGGACGCUCUAAUUUCAAACAGCUCAAAGAGCUACUAUGCUUGUGUGGGGGAAAGCACUCAUGCUUUUCAAAGCCCUUCCAAAGAUCUGACUGCAAUAAAUAAUCGUUUGAAUAGGAAGGUUAGGGGAGUACUGAAUUUUGAUACUGAUGCUGGGCUGGUAAGCGACUCUCUUGUGGCUAACAGUUUCUACAUCCAUAAUGGAAACGGUGCCACUACCCCAUCUGCAGUGCCCUUGAAAACACAACAGCCUGAUUAUUAGUUAGUGGGUACAUGAAUGAUGUAUAUUCUAGACUCCUCACAUUAUGUAUAUACAUCCAUAAUGGAAACGGUGCCACUACCUCAUCUGCAGUGCCCUUGAAAACAGAGCAGCCUGAUACUUAAUGGUUGUACAUGAAUGAUGUAUAUUCUAGACUCCUCACACUUGUCUACAACCAUUUCUUUCAUUUUUGUUUAAAAGCCAGACCUAAAGUGAAAGAGCUAGCAUAGCUGCCAUCACUUUCAGACGCUUGUGUAUUAUCUUUUAUUGUAAAUAGUUUUAUAUUAUUGGUUGCCUCUGUUUAUCUGAA